AUGUCCAAUAGUGCUUGGAUAUGUGGUGGAGACUUUAAUGAGAUUAAAAGUCACAAAGAAAAAAAGGGAGGAGGGAAAAAACCAGCUUACCUUAUGAGAAACUUUAGAAAGGUUAUCUCGGAUUGUCGAUUCCGGGAAAUAACUACAGCUGGGGAUUCCUUCACUUGGUGCAAUGGGAGAGCCUCAAAUAUGGCUUUUGAGAAGCUUGAUAGAGUUCUGUGUAACUCGGAAUGGUUGGGAAAAUUUAAGACAAAUAAGAUCACUCUUCUUAAAUGGUGGAAUUCGGACCAUAGGCCGGUUUUACUGGAAGCUGAGCAAGAAGCUCUUAGGGGUUGUAUCCCUUGCCGUAUUAGUACUGAAGAAAACCGUUGUUUACUAGAGCCUUUCACAAGAGAAGAAAUUAAGUCUACUUUGUUCCAAAUUCAUCCUUUAAAGGCCCCGGGAAAGGAUGGGCUGCCGGGUCUUUUUUUUCACAAAAAUUGGGACUUGAUUGGGACCGAAGUGACUGCUGCUUGUCUCGAAAUUCUAAAUCAGAAUUUGGACUGUAGUAAAAUAAAUGAGACCCUCAUCUGCCUCAUUUCGAAGGUUAAGCAACCUACUAAAAUGUCAGAAUUUCGACCUAUUAGCCUUUGUAAUGUGGUUUAUAAAGUAGUGUCAAAAUGCCUUGCCAACCGCAUGAAAACGAGUAUGAAUUCAACAAUUCUAGCUAACCAGAGUGCUUUUAUUGGUGGUCGAAUUAUACAAGAUAAUGUCAUUCUUGGAUUUGAAAGUCUCCAUUGCACGAGGAAAGGGCGUUUUGGAAAUGGGAGCAAAAUGGCUUUAAAACUAGAUAUGUCAAAGGCGUAUGAUCGAGUUGAAUGGGAUUUCAUAGAUGCUAUAACAGAUUGCUUGGGGUAUGAGGAUGAUAGCCUUGUAUUUCUUGAUGCAAACUUGGCUGAAUGUAUGGCGAUUAAAGAAGUUUUGGAGAGGUAUGAGAAACUUUCUGGUCAAUGUAUCAAUUUUGAUAAAACUGAGAUGUGUGUGGACAACAAGAUAGGUACAAGUAUGGCAGAAUGUCUGGCUGUAAACUUGGGUGUUUCAUUGGUUAAAAAUCACACUAAGUACCUGGGAAUGCCCUCCUUUGUGGGAAGAAAUAAAAAGCAAGUGUUUGGCAAAAUUAGGGAUAAGGUGGAAGCUAAAUUACGAGGUUGGAAGAUGGGUCUCUUCUCUCAAGCCGGAAAGGAAAUCUUGAUUAAAGCUGUGAUACAAGCUAUACCUUGCUAUAUAAUGAGUUGUUUUUGGGUUACAAAAGGGAUCCUUAAGGAUAUUGAAAGCAUGAUUGCUCAUUUUUGGUGGGGUUCUACUUCCAAUAAACACAAGCUUCAUUGGGGAAAUUGGAAGAAACUUUGUAGACUUAAAGAGCAAGGAGGAAUUUGUUUUCGUGACUUAGAUGACUUUAACCAAGCCCUUUUGGCUAAGCAAGGUUGGAAGUUGGUUACAAUGCCCGAUUGUUUAAUUGCUAAAGUGUUAAAAGCCCUCUAUUACCCCCACGACAACUUUAUUGAAGCUAGUCUUGUUCAUUUUGGUUCUACAGUGUGGCAAAGUAUUCUUUGGGGUAGGGAGCUUUUAAUUAAAGGCUCUCGUUGGUGUGUGGGAGAUGACUGUACUAUUCGAAUCAAUGAAGACCCUUGGUCCCUAGAGGUAUUCCUUUCAAUCUCCGUUCAAAAGCUAUGCUCCCGGAAGGAGUUACUUUAA